AUGAUGGCAGGCUUUGACGGCUGGAAUGUUCAAAAAUCUAAUGAAACUGAUCCUUUCUCCUUGGACAGUAUCAAAAUUGAAAAUUUAAAGGAUGAGCUUAUUCUUCGCGGUGAUUUUGACUUUGACCAAAAUAUCAACCAGAAUGUAAACUCAGAAGCAGUGCCAAUUCAAGUUCUUUCUUUAUUUAGUGCCGUGAAUUCAGCGCUUACAAAUGUCGAAAAAACUGAAACGGAUUCUUCUCAUAUGCUAGCAAAACUAGAAGAUGAUCCGAAGAGCCAUGUUUUUGAUAGUCUUCCUGGUAUUCCAAUGAAUGAGCAAAGCAGGAAACGAAAAAAUAUUGAUGAUGAAAUUGUUUCUAAAGGCUCUACACAGGACUUAAUAGGUAAAAAUUUUGAUUUGCUUUGCCACAACAGACUAAACCAAAGGACUGACCUUUGGUUAAAUGAAGCUAGCAAGGAAGUUAACAGCCAAUUGAUAAUAAUCACAUGCAGACAUGCAUCUGUCAUCCAAAAAUCGUAUGGAUCAGAAAAGAGAUUUCUUUGCCCUCCUCCUAUUUUAAUGAUAGAAGGUCCCUUCCAAAAUUUGCUUGGCAUAUCCUUUCGAGUUGAGAUUUCUAUCAUUAAUGAAGAAGGUCAGUAUUCACAAACAAUCAGCGAAGUGUACAACAAUCAACGUUAUAUGGUUUUUCGAUCUUUGCAUGUAUCUAGUCUAGCAGCUGCAAAGUCCAGAAACCUAAAACUUUCCAUUGAUUUAUUUUCGACAAUUACGGACCAAAGAAUAUCACACUUGGUAACUUCCCCUAUAGACGUUGUUUCGAAACCUGCUAAAAAGGGCACAAAAAUAAAGGUGAGCCACAUAACAUUGCGCUCCGGAUCUAUCAUAAACCUCUACAAUCGAAUAAACUCACAAACCGUUCGUACUAAAUACACGACAUUAGAGAAUGGAAAUUUCUGUCUGAGGAGCGACGGCUGGGCGCCUUUACGCAUUCAUUUGAUAUCUUCAUCACCGGAGAGUAGUGUAGAAGGGAUGCUGAAGAGUUCUUUAGAAGCAGUUCCGAUCAGGUACGGUUCCGUGGUUCAGUUACAAGAUGAAUCUUCAAAGAUAAUGAGUGACCCUUUAAUUAUCCGCCGGGUGGAAAAAGAUGGGAUUGCUCAAGACGAUGGAUAUGUUAAUCAAAUGCACCGCAUUGUUUUAGAAAGUUCAGCUUCAUUUUCAGCAAAUUUGGCACUGGGAUAUAGAAAUGCAAGAAGUGGCUUUAUGCAGGCUGAUCACACGCAACCUCGAUGGUUUUUAGGUGCAACUUCCGCCCAAUGUAAAAACUUACCUAAUGAAGCUGUUGUACCGGUUGAAUGGGAACCAAUAGAGACCUUUAACGACGAAAUACUGAAAAUUCGCGACUCUGUUUGUUGGACUAUUGUUGGAAUUUCAGAAUGUGAUUGUUCAAUCAUAAGGCCACUACAAAGUCAGUCUACGCUCCGACACCUAGAUUUGCCAUACGUAGAAGCUCCACCUGUUUAUUUGCCCAGCAAAAAGUCUUUGCAGUUAAGUAUAGCUGGAUUGUCUCCAAAUUUGCAAAUUUGGCUAGGCAAGUUAGGGCCUUUGAGCUACACGAUCUUAGACGGAACAGAAAAAAAAAUGUCUAGGUGUGUCACAAUAUUGGUUGAUUUGACCCACAUUUUCACAGAGGCAAUGACCUGCAAUGUUCUUCCUCUUGUGUUUGUUUUUCCAGAUGGUACUAUUGUUUCAGGAGGACACGACAUAAGUCUUUCUCCGAGGCCUCCCCUUGGAGAAUGA